CAGGCUCGCACUUCGGCAGUGGUGCUGAGAGCCUCGCGGGCGCGGCGCCGUUACUCGCAGUGGGGCGGCGGCAGCGGCACAGCGCUGAGCGCACACCGCGCCUUAGCAGCAGCAGCAGCAGCAGCGGAGGCACCCCCGCCGUCACAGCCUCUGCGCUGGUGCAGCCACCCUCGCUCCCUCUGCUCUUCCUCCCUUUGCUCGCACCAUGGCUGAUCAGCUGACCGAAGAGCAGAUUGCUGAGUUCAAGGAAGCUUUCUCCCUAUUUGACAAAGAUGGCGAUGGUACCAUCACAACAAAGGAACUUGGAACCGUCAUGAGGUCACUGGGUCAGAACCCAACAGAAGCCGAAUUGCAGGAUAUGAUCAACGAGGUGGAUGCUGACGGUAAUGGCACCAUUGACUUCCCAGAAUUUUUGACUAUGAUGGCUAGAAAAAUGAAAGAUACAGACAGUGAAGAAGAAAUUCGCGAGGCAUUCCGAGUCUUUGACAAGGAUGGCAACGGUUACAUCAGUGCGGCAGAACUACGUCACGUCAUGACAAACUUAGGAGAAAAACUAACAGAUGAAGAAGUAGAUGAAAUGAUCAGAGAAGCAGAUAUCGAUGGAGACGGGCAAGUCAACUAUGAAGAAUUCGUACAGAUGAUGACUGCAAAGUGAAGACCUACUUUCAACUCCUUUUUUCCCCCCUCUAGAAGAAUCAAAUUGAAUCUUUUACUUACCUCUUGCAAAAAAAAAAAAAAAAAAAAAGUUCAUUUACUCAUUCUGUUUCUAUAUAGCAAAACUGAAUGUCAAAAGUACCUUCUGUCCACACACACAAAAUCUGCAUGUAUUGGUUGGUGGUCCUGUCCCCUAAAGAUGAAGCGCUACACAUCAGUUUUACGAUAUAAAUACUUGUACUACCUUAACGAUAAGGAAGCACUUAGUGGACUUCUUGCAGUUCCGUUUGCUAAUGAUUACUACACUGUUUGGGCUGGCCAGUUUUUCAUGCAUGCAGCUUGACGAUUGAGCACAGUCAGGCCUUUGUAUUAAAAACGAAAAAUGAAAAAACAAAUUUAAAAAAACCUGUUUCAAAUGGGUUCUAGUUCAAUUUGUUAGUAUAAAUUGUCAGAGCGGGUUUACUGAAAACAAACCUUUAAAAUUGGUUUACCUCAGGAUGCUGUGCCGAAAAAUGGGUGAAGGAUAGAUAGACCGUCUAGACGCGGCCCCCACAGAGCAGGACGGCCCCCUGUACUUCGUGCGCCCCCACCCGUGGUGACAGUGACACAUCCUGCCGGCAUCCUGUGCGUGUUGGUUUAGCAUUGUCCGCAUUGUACCAGAGAGCAAGAUGGGUGUCGGGCUGUCACCAUUCACACAAAUUUUUAAAAAGAAACCUUUACCAAGGGAGCAUCUUUGGACUCUCUGUUUUUAAAACCUCCUGAACCUGACUUGGAGCCAGCAGAGGUAGGCUGUGGCUGUGGACUCUUCAGCACAACCAUCAACAUUGCUGUUCAAGAAAUUACAAUUUAACGUCCAUUCCAAGUUGUAAAUGCUAGUCUUUUUUUUUUUUUCCAAUAAAAAGACCAUUAACUUAAAGUGGUGUUAAAUGCUUUGUAAAGCUGAGAUCUAAAUGGGGACAAGGCAGUUGGAGGAGAGGUUUAACCAUUUAACGCCCACAGCCCAGAAUCAGGCUUCUCGCCCUCCCGACAUCCCAGCACCGACCUCUGAGCGUGAGACCUUGCCUAAAGCCGGGCAGAUAGCAAUUGCUUCGUCCUGUCCAUAGGCACAUAGGUCUACUUGUAUUUUCACUGGGGGGAGGUGGGGUGUGAAGGCCGGGAGCUUCAUGAUUAUUCAGGCAGCGGAGCUCUUAAGGAAGGAAAAAAACCCACUUUUUCUCAAGCAUGUACUUCGGGGUUCUUCUCAGUCGUGCUGCCGAUUACCUGUUUUAUGUAACUACUUGAGACCAUCUGUGCAAGAGACAUGGUUUUGUGUGUCUGUAAUUCAAUCCUCGCCGGGUGGUAGGAGCACGAGGUCCCUUCUUAGCCAGUCUUCGUGCCUAAAAGACACUACCGGUCACCUUUGAUUGAUGACUUUUAAUUUAUACUACUUUCCUUAGCCUCCUUUUCUUUUCUAUUUUUUUGUUUUGUUUUGUUUUCCUGCAGUGGACUUGACACUUUGCUUUCUUUCUCCCAAGUAGUCCCCAGCCUGAAAGUAAACAACUCCAGCAUGGAGUGGAUUUUGUGUCUAAUUAUAAACCUGUAACCAAAACUGAGAUGCUGACACUGGUCUUUGCGGUGGGAUUGGUGUUCUCUAAAAGCCCCUUUAAAGACAAUGCAUUUAGCGUAGAACUCUUUUUCUGCAAUGAAGGCUGGAGGUGCGUCUUUCAGGGUGUUAACUGGUCGUAGCUUACCAGUAAGGAGAUGGGGGUUUCAAGAGUGUUCGCGGGCGGUUUUAAUUUGCCUGGGACAGCAGCAGGCUGCCAGUGAGGCAGCAAGAAGCUCUUGGCAGCCAAACGGGUGCAUUCGGGGCUGGUUUAUAGAGACCCUUGGCUUCUCCCUCUCCUACUCCCUGUCUUUCUGGCAUUUUGCAGCCUGCUAGAUUUCCUGCCAGAGGGAUAGGUCAGAGCCGUGGAGAGGAGCCCACCCAUCUGCUGCUGGUCCUUAGACUGGGUGGUUGUAGAAGAGAAGGUGACUGAACUAGAGAUGGCUUUCAGAGUUCCCUGGACCUGGAAGGAGCACCUGAGAACACCUUAGAGGUUCUUCUGGUGAGACAGGACCAAGGGCUCCUGGACGUUUCUUGCAGGGAGGCCAAGUGUUGACCCAUCGUGGGCCUGUGUUCAGUGGCCUCUCCGUAGUGUCAAAGAGGGAUGGGGGUGAUUUAACUUGUUUUCAAAACUUUGCCUUCUGUCUUAACUCUUUCGUCAAGUCUUUUUCUAGAAGCUGGGUGGGCUCCAUUUAAGCGGUCCCACAGUCCUUCGUGAAAGACUGUUCAUGAAGUCAGAGUCUUACAUGGCCAGCAUCCUGGAUGGGAAGUGAAGCCUUGCCCCCAGGGAGUGCUGAGUUCAGCUUGGCGUCGAGGGGCAGCCCAGUCCGCUGUAGCCUUUUUUUUCCCCUCUGGCUUUUGAGGGGAUGACCAGCCCAGAUUGGGCGUUUGCAGGCUGCACAAGUUUGUGAGAGGAAAUAGCUGGAUGUGGGGGUCCGUCCCCCUAACGUUGGUUAGCACCUUCCUGUAAACUCUUGCCCCUACUUCUAACUGCUCUAUAAAUAUAUACAUAUAUUUAUAUAUAUAAAGUGACUAGUUUAACUGGCAUCCCGCUUGAGCCUGAGACUUGCCAUAAAAAAACUGCUGAGUACUUGGCAAACACUUUCAUAGUUUUGUUCUCCAUCUGUUUGGGGUAGGUGUUAAGCAAGGCAAAUGCAUCUCGAUGUUUCAGAUGGGCUUUUGAUGCACUGUUGCCAAGAAAGGCUUUUUUUCUGAUUUUUAGACAAAUGAAUUUUUGCACACUUUAAUUGGUGUCUUUCGGCAACACAUUGAAAAUUAGCUACUGUACAUAUUUUUAUAUUCUCUUUAUAAAUGCAUGUCUGACUGUACUUCUAACCUGUAUCGUAACGAGCGGCCGUCCGGUAGGCCUCCCUAAGUGCCACCGUGGCACAUCAGAGUAGCAGCAUAUUAUUGGCCCCUCAGCAUACUGGGAACUUCUUCCUAAACCAAGAAUGUAAAUUUGGUCAAGGGUCUGCUCUUGUUUCAUUCAAUUAUUUUAAACCUUUGAACUAAUACUGUAUAUCCUAAAUACAUUAUCCUUUUGGCAGUGACUAGGAUUCCACGAAUGUGUCUUAACCCGUCCCUUUAGCCGGCAGUUUACGAUUUCCUUUUUUUUUUUAAAUCCCCUGAAGUUGUCUUCUAGGAGACAGAAAUCCUUUGCGGUAGUGGCGUGGGUGGGGUGUGUGUUCUUUCUCCAGCCCUUCUACUGUUCAUUACACACGUCUGUAGCAAAAGAUGGCCGUAGUUCUGUUACUGGAAUUAACCCUUCACCGUGGCGAUUUGAAAAGGAGAUGUACUUGAAUGUUUCUGUAAAUCUUGAGAUAAACUGUUUGGAGAUUUAACCACCUCUCUGAUGGGGGACCAACUCUAUGGAAAUUGUAAAUAAGUUUUAUUUAUAAACCUGGCACUGUAUUCAAUAAACAUUUCUGCAGCCUUUCAUCUCUUAA